UGGUCCGCCCCCUCUGGAAUUUGCCCUAUGGCCAAUUCUUGAAUCCGCCCAUGCCAAAAAGUACGUUGUGAAAACACCAUAUUCUGAGAAACCGAAAGUAAAUGGGUGACUGACGACGAAGUUACGCUAUGACAAGUACAUAUGGGAGCUUUUAGAAAAUGUCCAACUUGUUGAACCACGGUAAUUAUGGUGAACGCACCAUUACAUCUGCAUAAAAGCAAAUGAGGUGUGUUUGGUGCUGAAGAAAUCACAGUGUCAGUGAUGGAGGGAGAUUCAGUCACUCUGCACACUCUUGUUGAAACAAACCAACAAGACAGAAUUAGAUGGUAUUUUAAUGACAUCCGCAUCGCUCAAAUCACUGGAAAUCUCUCUAAGACCUGUGCAGAUAAACAGUGUGGCAAGAGAUUCAGAAACAGACUGAAGCUGGAUCAUCAGACUGGAUCUCUGACCAUCACAAACAUAAUGACCUCAGAUACCGGACUUUAUAAACUGAAGAUUUUAGGCAGCAGCAGCAGUGAAAAGAUCUUCAAUGUUACUGUUCAUGAUGUUCCUGCUGCUGAACGAGAUGAAAUGAAGAGAAAGUCAGUGGGAGAAUCUGUUACUUUAGACACUACUUUAAUUAAAACCCUAAAUGAUUCAAUUAUAUGGUAUUUUAAUGAGAUUCUAAUUGCUGAAAUCACUGGAGAUCAGAGUAAGAUCUGUACAGAUGUUCAGUGUGAAGAGAGAUUCAGAGACAGACUGAAGCUGGAUCAUCAGACUGGAUCUCUGACCAUCACAAACAUCACAAACACAGACUCUGGAGAGUAUAAACUGAAGAUCAGCAGUAGCAACAGCAGUGUUGAAAGAAUAUUCACUGUAUUAACUGUCAUUGCUGUUCCAGAUUCAAGUUCAUCUGUAGAAGGAAUAUGUGUUUCUGUUGUUCUGCUGAUAACGGUUUCAGCCGCUGGUGUUUUUUGUUAUUGAAAGCAUCAAGCAAAAAGGAAAAACAUCAGGAGGAAUAGCACUCAAGUCAAAUAAAUGCAGGCUUGAUGAGCAUAAGUGACUUCUUUCAAGAACAUAAAAAAUUGUUUCCAAAUUUUUUACUGGUACCCUAUGUAUAUUACUUGCCAAUAUAAUAGUUCAAGCAUUUUAGUUAUAUUUUAAUCAUUGAGCAUUGUGACAUUGUGUUAAAUAUUAGGAAAAGAAACUGCGCCAUACAUUCUGCAAGUGUCCGGAAAAAAACGCUUGUCUUUAAUUGUUUUGUAUUUGUGUAACUAGUCUGUUCAUUUCUUUUACCUUCUGUGAAUCUUAUUUCAUCUUAUUUAAUCUUAUUUUAUUUAAAAAAAAUGAUAUAACAAAACAAUAUAUUGUUUUAUUUAUUUUUUUUUAUUUUUUUUUAUUUUUUUGAAACAAUGAAAGUAACUUGAAUGUUCUUUGUAAUGUUGGAGCCAUUUGUAGGUUCCAGGUCAUGGUUCUUUUCUUCUUUGUGUGUCAAUUCACUAUAACAUUUACAUUUCAGAAAAUAAAACUCAUGCAGUAUAAACACACAUAUGGUAAAAUAUAUUAUGUAGGCUAACAUAUUUCUUAUAUUUUAUAAUUAUUUACAUUUUAAAUGUUUCAUAUGUUCAAGUUAGUUAACAAAAGCACACCUGCAUGUACUAAAUAUUCUACCAAAGAGGCUAGCACUGUGCUAUAGCGUGCACAGUCGUUACUUUUUAAAUAAAGUUAUUAUAGUCUUAACAGUGUUCAGCCAAUCAUAAAUCUAACCACAAAAACUCACGGAUACCAGAAAACCUUUUAAAUUCCAAAAUAAUAGACCAUUAAACGCUAACAGAUCUCCUCCUAUAUCAAUAUUGAGCAAAACACAAACUCUUAAUUUUAACAUUUACUCUCCUUUAACAGUCAGAAGCAAAGCAUGCUGGGAACUAAAAGUCUGUUGUAAUCACUGAUUGUAACUCUUUCCAUGAAUGUGUGUAUAUAUGUGUGUACAAUACAUUUACAUUUAUAUGGGGACAUGUAUGUGCAAUAUAUGUACAUAAUAAAGAA